AUGAAUCGACUUAGAUUGUUGAGGAAUUUGACAAUUCCUAAAUUAUUCAGCAGAAUUACCUCUUUAGCUCUACCUUAUUUUAUUUAUAAUAACUAUCGUAAUAAUCCUAUACAUUGUUCUAAUGAAGGUAAAUCAUAUUUUCAUAAUACUUUCUAGUUCGAAUAAUGAAUUAAUAAAUCUAUGUUCAAAAUAUUCUUGGAAAUAGAAAAGAUUAUUUUUUCUUAGUCAUUUACAAAGAAGAAGUAGAUGGAGGAUAUGGAGAAAAAUAAGCUAUUGAAGCAGCCAAAAAAUUGUAUUAAAUUGCUCAUAAACUAUAAAUUAAAUGUAUUUUAUUAUUUUAUCUAGGUCAUGUUUAUAUUAUAUCUAGACCUUCAUUAAAAUCUAUCUCUUAAGUAAUUCAGAGAACUAAAAAUUUAAAGAUUUAUGAACCUGAUGAUUUAAAAUAAAUUGAAAUCUUUUUUAAGACUCCUCAUUCUGAUGAUUAUGUUUACUUUCCUUUUAAAAAACACAACUUUUAUCAAUAAUCUAAAUAAAAUAAAAUAUUGUAAUACCUAUUAAUCACAAUAGAACACGAGUUUCGAGAUUCUUUGAUUUGUGCUAAAAUGUUACAACUAAAGAAUAAUUAGAACAAAUUAUCCUAGAAAGCUAAUAUUAAUUAGACUCUCCUGUUUUUAUUAAGUCUAAUAGCAAUGAUGCCUAACUUAAAUAAUUUAAAAAAAUUGCCUUUUAGUUUUUGGAGAGAAAAACUGUAAAUAUAAAUUCUAAAUUCCUCAUUAUUGAUGAUAAAGAAUUAUGUUAAUCUUUAGAAUUAAAAGAUGAUGAUAUUUUAUUGUUGAGAAAUGAUAUCUUGUAAAAAUAUUAAAAUUGCAUUAUCAAUGAAUAAGAUCAAAUUAUACCCCAAUUAAUAACUAAGACUUAACUUGCCAAUUUAAAAUAUGAAUCAUUUAAUGAAUGGAGAUUAAAUAAUAAUAAUACUCUCAUAUAAGAUACAACCACAGAUAAAAAGAAAUUAAAAGAACAAUUCUCCUUUGAUCUACAACAAUUUAGUUUACCUCGAGUUUUAUAUUUGAAGAACAGCAGAAAGUCUAAUAUAGCAGCAUUUGUUAGAAAAAUCCAAAACCCUUAAAACCCAAAAGGAAAAUUAGUAGUUAGCUUACAAUUAGAUCCUAAACAUUAAAAUAGAUUAGAUGUAAAUUUACUUUUUAUUUAUUUAAAUAGAAUCAUCAAAGAAUAUCUUUAUUUUUUAAACUUUAUCAAUAAUACAAUGAUAAAUUUGAAUUUUUAAUAUCAGCGACUAAUCAAUUAGAAGAAUUGAUGCCUCACUUAAAUAAAUUUUAAAGUAAGUUUGUUCUUUUUAAUAUUUAUAAUCAAAAGACUUAUACUAAAUAAUUAUUUCCAUAAACUGCCAAAUAUUAUGAAAAAUAUUUCCUUAAAGACACAAACUUUGUUGAACGAUUUGAUGUUAUAAGCUAAUAAUUAGAUAAAUUGCUUUCUUAAGAUCCAGAAAGUAGAAUCGAAAAUAUUGACUAUUUAUCUUAAGAUCUUGAUAAGAUUAAAGAAAUUAAUUUAGAUUAUUUUGAUUUCCUUUAAAGCAACAAAAAUAACAAUAAACAAAUAAUUUUAUAUUAUUAGAAUGAUGCAAUGACAGAAGUUUUACUCACUGUUUUGAAAGAUAUUGAAACAAAGUAAAUAUAAUACUCUAUUUAAGUUUUAAUAUUUAUACUUUAUCUAGUCUAAACUAGAUUCCAGCACUUUAUUCUUCUUUUCCAAAUUAGAAUGUUUUGAUAUUAAAUGGUACUGCUGUAGGAUUCCCAAAUACGAUUGAUGUAGAUGUAAAAGAAUUAAAAAAAUAAGUAGAAAAUUUGAUCAAACAAUAUUUAUGA